AUUAGACAUUGCCAAAAUGAAAUAUGUUAAACCUCCCUUACUUUUAAUUAAACAAUUUAAAAACUAAAUAUCCAUAAUGGACAUUGAAUGAGGCUGGAUAAAAGUUAAAUAUUUCAGGAAUGACUGCAGUAUUACCAAGCAAAAGGAUGGAUGAUAUGCAAUGGCCUAGAGUGGUCAACCGCGUUAUCACAAGCAGGUGGGUGCAGCUAAAGAAUUCCCUUGUGUUGAAGGACUUUAUUGACUACCUUAUCCAGAAACGGGUUGUCUCACUCGACUACUGGAUGGGCCUCAAAUCUAAACCGAUCUCUGAAUCAGAGAGGACGGAGGAUUUCUUAGCAAUGGUAAUGAAGUUUGAUCAACAAAAGUAUAAUCUUUUUCUAGAGGCGUUGCUUUCAAUACAAAGACAUGACUUGGUGGCUGAUCUUUUGGCAACAGCGAAGGCCAAACCGAAGAAGCCUAAAGAGUUGGCACCAGAUGAGAAAUCAAGUCCUGCAAAAGAAAAACGAAAUACAAAAGACAAACUAAGGUCGACGUCAACCGAACCAGUUUCAAAAACAUACAACUAUCCAAGUAAUGCUGAGAGGAACACGUCUUCACUUUCUGGUGAGAGAUCCAAGCCAGAAGCAAUCUCAGUUUCAGGACGAAAACCAACUGCGUCCCCCACAAAAUGGCUAACAGAAGUUAAACCACGUCCGAACGAAUACUCAAAUAAAGUAAACAGUAAAUCUGAGAAAGAGACUACAAAUACUAAACAAGGGACCACGAUUUUACCUUCAAAACCAACAGUAGUUGAGAAAACAGUUGCAGUUGAGCAACAGGCGAAAGUUACAGAAAGGCUCUACCAAGGAAUCCCGAGCAAUGAAGAUAUAGCAGGCAAAAAUGGAAGUGGAGAUAAUAAAAGUGGGAUUAAAGCCAAAAAAACGGUUGAAUUUCAAGAUAAAAAUGAAAAAGACACAGAUGAAAAACAACCGAGGCCAGGCACAUCCAAAAGCAGAGAAGAAAUCUUGGAGGAGAGAGAACAGUUGCUGAAAUCCAAAGAAGACAAGCUUAUUGAAAAAGAGAAAGCUUUAAAAGAAAAGGAGAAGUCACUGUCAGAAAAGGAAUUUGACCUAGUGAGCCGUGAAAAUACGUUUACUAACAGCACGCUGAGGAAUCCGCAAUCACAGCUCAAAGAAAUGGAGCUUAACUUCAUCAGCCCAGAUGUUUCAUUGACCCAAACGUCAGAAAUAUUGCAUGACGUCAGAGAACAGCUCAAGGCUAUGAGAAAGGUUAAAGAGGAGAUUGAAUCCGAGCAUACCACUUGUUGCAACACUCCAAAGGACGAGUUUGUAAAACUUGAUGAGUUUCAAAAUUUACAGCAUGACAUUGAAGAACUUAAAGAUGAAAUUUACGGUGAUAGAAGAGCUAAAGAGGUUAUACAGCAUAAGGUUGAGGAUUUGAAAAGCGAAGUAGACAUGCUUCAUGGGACAAUUGAAAAACUAAAAACAGAAAACGAAAAGCGAAACGAAGAAUUUGAAAAAGAAAUAGCAAGAUUAAAAACUGAACUGAAACAUACUGGACAUGACAACGAUGUUAUAAUGAAGAAAAUUGAAGCUGAACUACGUGUAAAACAAGAAGAAAACCUCAAGACAAAGGCGUUUAUGGAAGACCUAACUGAACACAGUAAAGAACUGGAAAAGCGCGUUGAAAUUCUCGAACACGACAAGCAAGUAUAUGAAGCUGAACUGCAACGUUACGAAAAGGAAGUAUCUGAUCUGCGACAAAACGUGGAGGCAAAGGAGACCGAUUUAGGUGAUCUAAGAAAUGUUCUUGAAGAAACGGAGAAUGAAAAAGAGGAUUUGAUUGAUAUGUUAAAUAACCUGAAGUCAGAGGUUGACAAACUAAAAUCAGAUAAGAAGAAGCUCGAAGCAGAUAAGAAAGUUUUGCUAGCCCGAUGUGUAAAACCACAAUGGAAUCAGAGCCCGGGAGGAUCAAUAAGACGAGCAUCGUUCAAGUAGCAGACUUUAGCAGUAGAAGUUAAUAGAGACAAUAAGAUGAACAUCGUUCCAUUAGCAAACUUUAGAAGUUUAAGUUUUAGAAAUCAAGAAACUGUUGGUGUUUGUUACCAUCUGGAAAACUGAUUUUGCGUCUAUUUGGAUCACCAAAACUUAUUUUGCAUUGUCAAAUGAGCUUGAACGAUACGGAAGUAACAACUGAUAUCGUAACUUAUAUAUGUAUUCAGAGUGUUGUCAAAUUUGCACAGUUUGAAUUCCUAAUUUAAAUGCAUUCCUUGCAUGCACCAUUUCCGUUUACCCUCAGAAUUUAAUGUAAAUUAUUAUUAUUAAAAUGUUUUGUAUUUGUCAGGUCUGACAUUGAACAUUAUGUCGUUCAUGCAAGUGUAUUAUAAUAAUUGCAAUAAUUGCACUGCAGGCACAGUUGCUGUAUAAACACAUACUUAUGAGUAUUUUAUUAUUUAUCGUUUUGUUAUUAUUUUGUUUUUCCUGUCGCCUUGUUGCAUAUUGUUGCUGUUAAGUUUCCGUUUAACUCACGGCGUUUUGUUAAAACCCGCAUGUUUGUUUUUAAAUAAAUAAUAUGGA